GCCGAAAAGACUGUAAAAAAGCAUGGCAUUUACUAGGACCCUCAUUAACGGUUUUUCAUCUGGUAUUCUAGAAUGCUUGCUUGGUAAGUUGGUAUUCUAUAAUUAGAGACCCUUUGUGGCCUGUGAGGUAUUAUGCUUUCUCUCCAAUUCAAUCUACAAGUUAGGGUUUUUCCUCAAUCCCAUGGAAGCAUCACGGGCUACCAAACAACCCAUGUCGAAUUCAUGCGACCAUGGCACUGAAGAGAUAAGUAUAUAUUUUAAGAUCGUGAAAACUAUUGCUGCAAGAGUUAAGAGAUCUGAUACCAUCAACGAUGUCAAAAAGUAUUUGCAUGAGAAGGAAGGUAUUUCUGAAAAUCUUCAAGAAUUCUUCUUUGCAGGCAAUAGGCUCAGUGGUAGCGAAAGGCUAGUUGAUUGUGGUAUUCACGAUAACUCCACUGUCCGACUUAUUCUCAAGCAUGUUGUUCUGUUGAAACUAUUUGUCGAGAUACUAUCAAUUCAGAAAACCAUUACUGUGGAAGCAAGACCUCAAGAAACUGUCCAAGAUGUCAAGUCUAUUAUUCAAAUGAAGGAGGGUAUCCAGUCUGAUGCGUUCACUCUUUUUUAUGAUGGAAAACUGCUGGAAGAUGAUAGAACUUUGGCCUCCCUCAAUAUGAAAAAUGAGUCAACUCUCUAUUUAAUUUUCAGUGUGAAAGAUGAAUUGACACUUCAUGUGAAAGCACCAACUGAAGAGACAGUGAAACUACGAGUUAAGAAUUUGUUUACCGUUGGUGAUAUAAAAGCGAUAGUUGGGAGCAUGACAGGCGUCUCUUAUGCUGAUCACUAUUUGUAUUAUUCACAAAAACAGCUUGAGGAUUGCAAGACCUUGUCUUGUUAUAACAUCAUAGAGGAAUCCAUGUUGGAGAUCAUGCGUCCUCCAUUUCAGAUAUUUGUCAAACCUUGGAGUGGGAAAACCUUGACUAUUGAUGUUUCGUUCUUUGAUACCAUUAAAGAUGUGAAGAGCAAGGUUUUGAACAAGCUGAAGAUUCCUGGGAUGUACCAGUCUCUUGUGUUUGCAGGAAAACGUCUUGAGGAUUGCAGGGAUUUGGCAAGCUACGACAUACAGAGGAACUCCACCCUGAAAAUGGUUUUGGAACCCUCAGCAGUGGUGCGUAAGAUAAGUUUAAAUGACAUUGGAGUUUCCCGAAAAGAUAGCAUUCGUACUUUAAAGGCUAAAAUCAAGGAUGCUAUGGGUGUCCCAGUGAUUACAUUGUUGCACAAGCAGGUACAAUUGGACGAUGAACGUUCUCCAAAAUUUUAUGGUAUUUCUAAGGAGGAGAAGUUGUUGGUUUUCUUUUAGCGGGUGCGAUCUACCUUCAUUUCCAUCACUGCGAGUUGCACAUAGGUCUUGAAUUUUCUACUUUUGUUUUGUCAUUGUGGUUAUACGUUUUACAUAUUUUGGGAGAUCUAUAUAAUUAUGAAGAAUGAUGCUUGAAAAUUUGUACAUUCCUUUUUGAGUC